AUGACUGUGGCGUAUGUUGUAUAUACUCGUAUUUGCGUCGUAAUCGCACCACGGGUGCCUUCGUCUAUCGUAGAUCUCGGCCUCGACGAUGCGGCGAGAAGCCUCGCAGACGCACAUCUUACUCUUGCUCGUCAGCAGCGCUUAAACUUCAACGAGACAUUUACUCAGGCCGUUGAUACUGCAGUAUCUGCCGGACCGAGCGCUCAAGCAACUGUUGAUAAUGCGAGGAAGCUAGAGGGCGAGCAGGUCUUUGGGGCCAUGAUCAAUGCGCUGGAUACGCUGGUGAAGAUCGGAGAUGAAAUUUCCAUGGCACAUCCACUGUUCAAACUCACUUGGACCAUCGUGACUUGUGUUUACAGGACGGUGAAGGCCCAGAAGCUUGUGGAUGACGAUAGCCGACAGCUCGCUGAAGAACUUUCGAUCAUGUUGGCGUACGCUGCGGCCUGCCGAGAUUUAAUACCUGUUGAGGGGAGAGAGAGCAUCGUGCUCAAGGCGGUGCGUUUGACCAAGGAGGGAGCAUGCAUUAUUGACGCUUGUCUGGCACACUCGUUCGCCGGAAAGACCGCAAUCGCUCACACUGUCGCUCGCGAUGCACCAGAAGACGCGGUCACACUAUCGUUCUUUUUUGACCGCACUUCUUCUGACAGAAAUAAUCCUCGGCAGUUUGUAAGCACUUUGGUUCGGGAUCUAGCUGGACACGAUCUGCAGUUCAGAACGUCUGUCCAUGCAUCUUUGGAUCGCAACCGAGACCUUCCGUCAGCACAACCUUUGCGCCAAUUUACCGAGCUGCUUGUCGGCCACGCUUCAAGGACCACAGCCCAGCGCAUUCUCAUCGUUAUAGAUGCUUUGGACGAAUGCUCAGGUUACAGCGGAGAUCUCACAGCCAUCCUCUGCGAGCAGGUCCCUAAACUUCCGUCCUCGUUCCGGGUCUUCGUCACCUCGCGUCCCGAAGAUCCCCUCCUCCGCGUCUUGAAGCCGCACCCGCAUGUUCGCCAAUUGACGGUCGAACUCGACGAGACCGAGAACCGGUCCGACAUUUCAAACUUCAUCCGCCACCAGCUACGCACCAUUGCCUCGCACCAUAACUUGGGAGACUCGUGGCCUGGUGAGGAAAGAACCUCAGCGGUAGUCACCCAGGCCGCUGGACUAUUCGCCUGGGCAUCUUUGGCUAUGGCCUAUAUCGGAAAAGACAAAUUGAUGCAACGCGACAACAAACUUGAUGCUGUUGUGGGGCGCGGAACACGCAAAAGUCCCAUUGCGCACAAAAUGGACGAGCUGUACGACACUGUUCUCUCUGCUUGUGACUGGGGCGAUGAGGACUUCGUGCAAGGGUAUCAUCUUGUUGUCGGCGUCAUCAUCGCUGCGAAGGUGCCGUUAUCGAAAUCGACCCUAAGGUCACUUCUUCAAGAUAGCUCGAAUGUCACCGACGACGUUCUAGACAUUGUGUCACCUCUCUUCACCGGCGUCGACACGGACGACGCACCCGUUCACAUCCUCCACCUCACUCUACACGACUUCCUCACCAAUGCAGUCAGAUCAAAGAGUUACUUCAUUGAUGAAACCGAGCAUUCUCGCUUCCUCGGGCUGCAGUGCCUCAAUAUCUUGGUUCGCACACUGAAGGCAGACAUUCCUGGACAAGGUUAUUCAUCAUCCUGGGAUGAAUAUGCACACAAGCCCAUGCCGUUAUUCCCCGUCACCGCCUCCGUUGUAUAUGCCUGCAGAUUCUGGAUGGACCACAUCGUUCGCAUGCAAGCGCCGUCAGACCAAGAGUGUUAUGCGAGUCUUGAGGAUUUCUCCCCCCAUGUUAUUACUUGGUUGGAGAUUGCGAGUGCAGUCGGCCCAUUCCCAGCACUGGGGAAGAUACGAGAUUGGCUCGAGAACAUUCCUAUUGGCCAAACAUCUGUAUUCGGCCAGUGCAUGGGUUCUUCAGAGCUUUCUCUCUCCCUACACAACAUAUCUGGCCAUCUGCACGACGCGGGGCGGCGAGAGGAUGCUCUCAAGGCAAUUGAGGAGGCUGUCCGCAUACGCCAACAGCUCCUCAAAGACCAUCCCGGAACGUACGACGCUAACCUGGCUCGCUCUCUAAGCAUGCUCUCCUGCAGGCUCAGAGACCUCGGCCGUCACGAGGAUGCUGUCGGUGCAAUCGAGGAAGCCAUUCGCAUCUGCAGACGACUCGUUGAGAAUCAUCCUGAUUCCUUCGAUGGCGACCUUGCUAUGUUUCUCAAUAACCAUUGCGCUAUGCUCGUAGACGUGGAUCGGCACGAAGACGCUUUGUUGGCCAUAGAGGAAGCUAUCAUCAUCCGCCGAAGGCUCGCUCAAGACCGACCUACUGCAUUCAAUGCCGACCUCGCCCUAUCUCUCCACAACCUCUCCCUAAGACUCUCGGACAUCGGUCGUAAAGAAGACGGCUUGAAAGCCAUCGAAGAAGCGAUUCUGCUCGAACGCAAUCUCGUCGAUGAUCGUCCCGCCUCAUUCAAACAUAUUCUAGCCAAUUCCCUCAACAACCUCUCCCUCCUGCUUUCGGCCGUUGGCCGUCAGGAAGACGCUCUGGAAGCGACCCAAGAAGCAGUCGAGAUUUUCCGACAACUCUGCCGAGAUCGCGCCGAAAUAUACAAACCGGACUUAGCCAAAGCACUCUACAACCUAUCCUUCUGGCUUGCAGGUGCUGGUCAACAACAUGACGCCGUCAAGACCAUCGAGGAAGCGGUCCAGCUGUAUCGAGAACUAGUCAAGGACCGUCCUGACGAAUUCUAUCCCGACCUCGCCGAUUCUCUGAAUACUCUCUCCAUAAGGCUUACGAAUGAUGGUCGCCGAGAGAAUGCGUUGGGGGCACUCCGAGAGGUAGUCGAGCUUUACCGACACCCCGCCAAAGGCCUUCCUCAUGCAGCCCAUUCUGACGGGUUGGCCUCUUCUCUGCGCAACCUUUCCAUAGGUCUGGCAGAUGCCGGCCACCAAGAAGAAUCAUUGAAAACCAUCGAGGAAGCGAUAGAACUAUACCGAAAACUUGUCAAACACCGCCCCGAGACAUCUCUCCCAGACCUCGCCAAUGCUCUCACCAACCUCACCAUCAGGCUCAUAGGUCUUGGUCGCCCAGAGGACGGCUCGAAGGCACUCCAGGAAGCAGUCGAACUAUACCAACACCUUGCGGAGACCCUUCCCGGUACAUACAAUCAUGACCUGGGUCAAUGUCUCUGUAAUCUCUCCGUCAUUUUGUCCAGCCUCGGUCGCGCGGAAGAUUCGUUACAACGUGCAAAGGAGGGCCUCGCGGUUUAUCGCACCCUUUUCUCGCAAAGGCCGUCCGAUUUUCGGCAGAACUUCGUGAAUGCGAUCGGGCGCGUUGCGCGUUGUCUAUCUAACCUUGGUCGCAAAGAGGAAUCAGCAGAAUUCGUGCGGGUUGAGGCGAAGGCAUUAGAUGAGGCGCAGGCACCACCACAAACGGUGCAGCCUCUCGAUGGUACAUCUUCUGAGACUUAG